AUGGUUCUUAAAUCAACAUCAUCCAAUAAUAUAUCGGUGUAUCAAGUCAGUGGGACGAAUUUCUCAAGAGCUCUUCCUGACUGGAUUGCCAAAAAGAGAAAGAAGUCUUUGAAGAAUGAUCUUGAAUAUCAACAACGGAUUGAAUUGAUCCAGGAUUUCGAAUUCUCAGAAGCUUCCAACAAGAUUAGAGUGACAAAUGAUGGGAAAUAUUGUAUGGCCACAGGGGUAUACAAGCCACAGAUUCACGUAUAUGAUUUUGAAAAUCUUUCACUUAAAUUUGAUAGACAUACCAACGCCGAAAAUGUGGAUUUUUUAUUGAUGGCCGAUGACUGGACCAAAUCGGUACAUUUACAGAAUGAUCGUUCCAUUGAGUUUCAAAAUAAAGGAGGCUUGCACUACCGUACAAGAAUCCCUCAUUUUGGUCGUGGUUUGGCUUACGAAACCAAUAGUUGUAACUUGUUUGUUGCCGCUAGUCAAUCAGAAUUGUUUCGUUUGAACUUGACCAAAGGGGUGUUCCUUAAACCAUUUGAUUUGGAAAUCGAACAAGGAAAAGGGGCAAACUGCGUAGACAUUAACCCGAAAAAUUCUCUUCUAUCGGUGGGGCUUGAAAAAAAUAUCGUGGAAUUCUGGGAUCCAAGAGCAAGAUUUAGAGUAGCAAAAUUGACGGUUGAAGAUAAUGGAUUUUCGGAUUUCGCUACGAAUUUAUUGGGGGUCACUGCCACUUCAUUCAAGGAUGAUGGGCUUCAUUUUGCAUGCGGUACCUCUGACGGGAAAUCAUAUAUUUACGAUUUAAGAUCAUCUAACCCAAUCACCGUCAAGGACCAAGGGUACGGUUAUGACAUCAAGAAGCUAACAUGGUUGAACAACAAUAAGAACAACCAAGAUGCCCAAGACUUGAUCUUGUCUUCCGAUAAGCGUAUUGCCAAGAUUUGGAACAGUGAAACUGGGAAACCUUAUGCUUCGAUGGAACCAAGUGUCGACAUCAAUGAUAUUGCGUAUAUUCCAGAUAGUGGGAUGUUCUUCAUGGCCAACGAAGGGAUACAAAUGCACACUUAUUAUAUUCCAAACUUGGGACCGGCACCACAAUGGUGUUCAUUCUUGGAUAACUUGACCGAAGAAAUGGAAGAAAAGCCAAGCGAUACCAUUUACUCUAAUUACAAGUUUAUUACUAAGGAAGAAUUGAAGAAGUUGAAUAUUGCUCAUCUUGUGGGUACCAAGGUCUUGAGAUCCUACAUGCAUGGAUACUUCAUUAGUACCGAGUUGUAUGAUAAGGUUUCAUUGAUCGCCAACACCAUGUCAUACAAGGAUAUGAGAGAUAGAGAAGUGAGACAACAAAUGGCUAAACAAAGUGAAUCGAGAAUUAAAAGCUCGGGCGUUGCGUCAUCCAAGAUCAAGGUCAACAAGAACCUUAUCGAAAAACUUUCAGAAAAGAAACAUGGGGACAAGAUGGUGGACUCGUUACUUGCCGAUGAUCGUUUCACGGAUAUGUUUGAGAAUCCAGACUUCCAGAUUGAUGAGGAUGCUCAUGAUUAUAAACAAUUGAACCCAGUUAAGGCACCUGGCGAAACAGAUGAUAGACCAAGAGCUUUGACUGCUGCCGAGGAAUCAGAUGAAGAAAGAAUGAAUAAGAACUAUGAGAGAAGUGAUGAUGAAUCAGCUAGCGAAUCGGAAGGUGAAGAAGAUUAUAACGAUAAAGAUAAAUCAUCGGAUACCUCUGAUUCGGAACCUGAAUCAGAAGACGAGGUUGCUAGAAAGAUGAGAAUUGCCGAAGAAAAAGCGGAUGAAAAGGAAAGAAGAAGAGUUGAGAGAUAUAAAAAGAGUAAAGCAGAAUCAGAUAAGUUCCUUAAACAACUCGAAAAUGCCAACAAAUCUAACAAAUCAUUCAAUAUGUUAUCUGCUGAUAGCGGCAAUGGAGAUGCUAAGUCUGGCAGAUCUUUCAAGUCGCUCACUUCAGAAAUUAACAAGAACCAAAGAAUAUCCAAAGAACAAAGCUCCCAUGAGCAAGUCAGAGUUCACCGCCAUGGUAAAGGGGAGGUGGAGAUCAGUUUUGUUCCACAAUCUGCUAAAGAAAAGAAGCAACAAAAACAAAAGAUCUUGGAUGAAGAAGAUUAUGACGAAGAGAAAGACGGAAGACGGGAACAAAGAUACGAGGGCCGUAGAAGAGUUUCAAAGAGAACUAUUUUCGAAUGA